CCCGUGUCUCGUUGUGAGAUCGCAUUCUCACGUACUACUUCAGCAGAACAGACACUUCUGGUUUGCUACUAUACUAUUCCGCGCACGAGAUCGUAAUGGAGGCCAAGAAGUCUGUGGCUGAGGUGGCAGCACAUUUGCGUGAGAUCGAAGACUACAAUCUCGCAUUUCGUCUACAAGAAGAGGAAUAUAUGAGUCAUUACAAUCGCAAUCGCGAAGGACGCCGCCUUGUUGGGGACGACACAAAACAAUCUAUAGCCGAACAAGCGCAUGAGGACGAAGCGGCUCGGCAAAGAAGACUUGAGGCACUGAAAAAAAUAACCGAGACGGACGAAGAAAUUGCUCGGCGCCUUCAACAAGAAUUUGAGGAAGAAGAAAAGCGACGUUUGGAGGAGCUGGCAAGACGAGAUGCCGAAAUAGCACGGCGGUUGGCCGAAGAAGAAGGAUUGGCGCCUUCGUCUAGCAGCACCCUUUUUUCGCAACCGACUCUGCUUCCGGAAGAUCAAGAUCAAACAGAGUCGGCACAACUUGUGGAUCUUUCUAGAGAGAGUACAACACCUGACCAAUCAGGAAGAAUCCCUGCAGAAACAGUUCCUGGCAUCGAGGAAUCCGGAACUGCUACACUGAUUGCAACCCCUGACACUGGACUGGGACCAACAAUCGCUUUACAUCCCACCAAUCCAUUCCUGCAAGACUUGACUGCACAACAAUCUUCCGAACCAAUACAGUACUACUCUGAAUUCGGUCUUCCACCUCCAUCCGAUCUAGCACUUGGAAGACAGAAAUAAAAACCACGCUAGCCUUCUGAAUCAGAAAUGAUUGUAAAGCCUAGUCCCGGACGAAGGCGGAUGGUUUGUCGUCGCGAAGCGAGCGCGCACGCACACCAAUUUUUGCCGGAGCGCAUGCGUUGCACACAGGGAGGCCGAUGACCGCUUGCGCGCCGCGUUCGCAUCCGAUAUCUUGAUAUGGGCGUCUGCCUUCGUCCGAGACUACUUCAUUACGUAUCUACUGUGACGUACAUCCGCUGA